GAGCGUAUAUUUACAAACACUUUUAAAAAUCAAUAAACCUGCAAUUUUACUACAAAAAUUGACAUUUUAAUUACUUUAAAAUGAUGAUUUAAAUCGGAAAUCAACAACUACGCAUGACGAUAAACACAUUUUUGUACUUAGCAACAGAGGAAGUCAACUAGAGACCCAUUUUCUACAACAAUUCAACAAGAAUGUCUCAUGAAGUAGAAGAAACACUAAAGAGAAUACAGACACACCCUGGAGUGAUAGGAACUAUUGUUGUUAAUAAUGAAGGUAUUCCAAUUAGAACAACAUUGGAUAAUCCAACAACCGUCCAGUAUGCCGGAUUAAUACAGUCACUGACAGCCAAAGCUAGAAGUGCAAUUCGGGAUAUUGACCCACAAAAUGACUUAACAUUCUUAAGAAUCAGGUCUAAAAAGCAUGAAAUAAUGGUAGCUCCAGAAAGUACACAUUACAUGCUAGAAAAACAGAAUCCAGAUUAAUAAACUAUCAAAGUAAGAUACUUGUUGACAGUGCUGUGUAUAUGCUGUGUUUUAAAACUUCAACUUUUGCUUAAAUUGUUUUUGGUCAUCUUUGCAGGAUUAAGUAGUUUUCAAAACAAAUUUAUCAUAUGUUGUUGACUUUUUAAGUAGUAUUGAAACCAAAAUUUGAUUACCAUAUCAUAAGUUUAGCAUAGUCUUAUUGUUUCUCACACUGUGUUUAAUAAAACCAGGAUUUUUAUUGACCAAAAACAAUUCAAGUUUAAGUGCUAUUGUGUGAUGCGUGUGAUAAACUGUUAGUGCUAUAUAUUUAUUACAUAAACAUGCUUGUUAUUAAAGUCAGUAUAUCAUUGGUUUCAUUGUUACUUUUAAGUUCGUUGCAUUGUGUGACAAGAAAAAAUAAAAUGCACUCCUCUCAAUCAAUUUACGGAAUACUAUAAUUAUGAAGUAUUUGCCAUAUGUCUGACACAUGAAUUAGGACGAAAAGUCAACAGACAAAAGAUCAGCCAUAAUACAAAUAUUAUUGAAUUCUUAACAAUUGGAAAAUAGUUGCUUUGAAUUACUUUUAUGACUGCGUAGCUUUUUGAAUUGUUAUUAUGAUAUAUUUGAUAUGAAAAUGUCAGGAAUGAUUAAUAACAUCCUUACAUGACACACAUUUAUCGUUAAGAGAAGGGAAUAUUAAUAACAUCAUUACAUGACACACAUUUAUCGUUAAGAGACGGGAAUAUUAAUAACAUCCUUACAUGACACACAUUUAUCGUUAAGAGAAGGGUAUAUUAAUAACAUCCUUACAUGACACACAUUUAUCGUUAAGAGAAGGGUAUAUUAAUAACAUCCUUACAUGACACACAUUUAUCGUUAAGAGAAGGGAAUAUUAAUAACAUCCUUACAUUGCACACAUUUAUCGUUAAAAAAAAGGGAAUAUUAAUAACAUCCUUACAUGACACACAUUUAUCGCUAACAGAAGGGUAUAUCAAUAACAUCCUUACACGACACACAUUUAUCGUUAAGAAAAGGGAAUAUUAAUAACAUCCUUACAUUGCACACAUUUAUCGUUAAAAAAAAAAGGGAAUAUUAAUAACAUCCUUACAUGACACACAUUUAUCGUUAAGAGAAGGGUAUAUCAAUAACAUCCUUACAUGACACACAUUUAUCGUUAAGAGAAGGGAAUAUUAAUAACAUCCUUACAUUGCACACAUUUAUCGUUAAGAGAAGGGAAUAUUUAUAACAUCCUUACAUGACACACAUUUAUCGUUAAGAGAAGGGAAUAUUAACAACACAUCCUUACAUGACACACAUUUAUCGUUUAGAGAAGGGAAUAUCAAUAACAUCCUUAUUUUGCACACAUUUAUCAGCACCAAUUGGUAUGUACAAUACUUUGUCUGUGUUUUUGCAGUUUGUGUGGUUUUACUCUAACGAACACGCCAAUAUAUGCAUACUUACACACGAGUUAUCUGUUAAUUUGUUUCGUUUAGCAAUAAAAUAAUUUGCUAUAAAAUUAUGGUUUCGGUCUUGUUGCAAGAAUUAAACAAAAUAUUAUAGAAUUCCUCGUUUAGAAGAUUUUAUCGCAGAACACCAACAAUGCAAUUAACAUAUUUAGUUAACACAUACAAAACCAUUUUUAUUACUUUUUC